CAGCAGCAACAGGCGGCGGGCUCGGCGGGAAGAGGAGGCGGAGAAGGGGCGGGGAGCGCGAGGAGGAGCGAGCCGGCCCCGCGCCGCCUGCCGCCUCUUCCCCGCCGCAUGGACGAGCAUCUCAGCCUCCUGCGCUCGCCGCCGCCGCCCUCCGCCCGCCACCGCGCCCACCCUCCGCAGCACCCCGCAAGCGGCGGUGGCGGCGGCGGCGGCGGCGCCCACACGCUGGUGAACCCCGGCUACGCGGAGCCCGCCGCGGGCGCCGAGCUGCCGCCCGACAUGACGGUGGUGCCCGGGGACCACCUGCUGGAGCCGGAGGCGGCCGACGGCGGCGGGGACCCGCCUCAGGGCGGCUGCGGUGGCGGCGCUGGCUGCGACCGCUACGAGCCGCUGCCGCCCGCGCUGCCGGCCGCUGGCGAGCAGGACUGCUGCGGGGAGCGCGUGGUCAUCAACAUCUCGGGGCUGCGCUUCGAGACGCAGCUCAAGACCCUCUGCCAGUUCCCGGAGACUCUGCUGGGCGACCCCAAGCGGCGCAUGAGGUACUUUGACCCGCUCCGCAACGAGUACUUCUUCGACCGCAACCGGCCCAGCUUCGACGCCAUCCUCUACUACUAUCAGUCUGGGGGCCGAAUCCGCCGGCCGGUCAAUGUGCCCAUCGACAUCUUCUCCGAGGAGAUCCGCUUCUACCAGCUGGGCGAGGAGGCCAUGGAGAAGUUCCGCGAGGACGAGGGCUUCCUGCGCGAGGAGGAGCGGCCCCUGCCCCGCCGCGAUUUCCAGCGCCAGGUGUGGUUGCUCUUCGAGUACCCGGAGAGCUCCGGGCCGGCCCGGGGCAUCGCCAUCGUGUCUGUACUCGUCAUCCUCAUCUCCAUCGUCAUCUUCUGCCUGGAGACGCUGCCGGAGUUCCGCGACGAGAAGUACUACACAGCCUCACCAUCGCAGGAGCUCUUCGGGGUGGCCAGCAACAGCACGUCGGGGGCCCCCGCGGGAGCCUCCAGCUUCUCGGAUCCCUUCUUCGUGGUGGAGACCCUGUGCAUCAUCUGGUUCUCCUUUGAGUUGCUGGUGCGGUUCUUCGCUUGCCCCAGCAAAGCCACCUUCUCGCGAAAUAUCAUGAACCUGAUAGACAUCGUGGCCAUCAUCCCUUAUUUCAUCACUCUGGGCACCGAGCUGGCUGAGCGACAGGGCAAUGGACAGCAAGCCAUGUCCCUGGCCAUCCUGAGGGUCAUCCGCCUGGUGAGGGUCUUCCGCAUCUUCAAGCUCUCUCGCCACUCCAAGGGGCUGCAGAUCCUGGGGCAGACGCUGAAGGCUUCCAUGCGGGAGUUGGGGCUGCUCAUCUUUUUCCUCUUUAUUGGGGUCAUCCUUUUCUCCAGCGCGGUCUACUUUGCCGAGGCAGACGACCCUACUUCAGGUUUCAGCAGUAUUCCUGAUGCCUUCUGGUGGGCUGUGGUAACCAUGACAACAGUAGGUUACGGUGACAUGCACCCAGUGACCAUAGGAGGCAAGAUUGUGGGGUCACUCUGUGCCAUCGCUGGUGUCUUGACCAUUGCUUUGCCAGUCCCUGUGAUUGUUUCCAACUUCAAUUACUUCUACCACCGGGAGACAGAAGGGGAAGAGCAAGCCCAGUAUAUGCACGUGGGAAGUUGCCAGCACCUCUCCCCUUCAGCCGAGGAGCUCCGGAAAGCGAGGAGUAACUCGACUUUAAGUAAGUCGGAGUAUAUGGUGAUCGAAGAGGGGGGUAUGAACCAUAGUGCUUUUCCCCAGACCCCCUUCAAAACAGGCAAUUCCACGGCCACCUGCACCACGAACAAUAAUCCCAACUCCUGUGUCAACAUCAAAAAGAUAUUUACCGAUGUUUAGUAAAUGAAACAAGUGACAAGCUGUGCUCAGUAUUGUGUGGAACGUGCCCCCUUGGUCUGUGUGUGCCCUUGUUUUAUACAUUUCCAGACCAUUCAUCAAGGAAAGGACGUGAAGAAGGGGAAAGCACACUUCAUUCUCCUUCUCCCUAAUGCUUCAUACUGAAACAGAUGUCUGUUUUGCAAGUGGGCUGCAUUCUCUCAGCUCUCCUUUUUUUUUUUUUUUUCUCUCCCUGUCAAUAUUUCGGACAACAAACUUACUUUAAACUUGAUUUUUAGCAUACUCUCUGUUAAAAAAAAAAAAAACCUGUACAUCCUGGGAGGAAAUGAAACUAAAGAACAGGUAGAGAACUGUUUAAUCUCAGAGUCGAAAGGCAGUUGUUUCUUUACUAAGUAAAGCAGGCACAUACUUAAGGGAUGCUUCGGUUUGAUGGACUCUUCAACAUUACUGACUAUUUAGUUCAAUCACCAACAUUGUGGUUAUGUGGAUAAAAAGUCUAUUUAGAACAAUGACUGGUAAACCCCACCAUAAAUUUAUUUUGUUUUCAACUGGAAUUUCUAUUGGGAGCCCCCCUCCCGGAACUUUAAGGAUCUUUACAACUUUGAACUAAGGGAAAUGCCAAGCUGUCCUGAUCUGACUAAUUAGUUUAACUUUUUGAGGCUUGUUAAGCAUUUCAAAAGUAUUAGACUAACAGAUUCCUAUGAAAUUCUCUAUGCGUUCCAGCUAACAUCUAUCAAAGUCUAGAAACAGAUGUUUUCAGUGCUGCUGAGAGAAACAAAAUUUCCUGAUGCAUCUGAGAGAUAAGCUUCUGCAGUAUCACAAGAAGAUUAAAGUGGCAGACACUCCUUCCAGCGGAAGUUACUAAUUCGGACCUGACUGAUGCAGUUCCCAUAGCAACCCACGUUUCCAGGGAAACCCGAAAAAGGUUGUCAUGGCAUCUCUUGCUCUCUAGCCCCACCCCCAGCCCUUGCCGUUUCCACAGUAACCUUUCCAGAUGGUUCCUACUUACACAAUUUUACAAGGAAAACCAUUGUUUGCAUAAACUGCACAAAGUUAAGUUUGAGAAUCCGAGGUGAUGAAAUGAAUCACAAAAUGCAUAUUUUUACUACAAAAAAUCACUGACGUCAUCCUAUAUUGACCGAAUAGAGAAGGCAAACCUCAUCAUUGGAAUGUUAAAUAUAAACCACGAUAAGCCAUGAUUUGAAUGAAAUGCCAGUAUUUAGGCAGUCAUUUUAAAAGAUGCUUCUCUGCUGUUUUCUUUCCCCAAGAAGUUUCAAGGCAACAAA